AUCUGCUGAAGGAACAUGGAUGUAUCUGGGGGCCAGAAGCCGUAUGGAGGAUCUAAGAAGCGGGUGAAGAUCCACCCCAAUUCGGUCACAGUGAAAUACGCCACCCACUUCCCCCAGCCUGGAGACGAGGGUUACGACGAUGCCCCGUCCUUUGAGGACUUUGGUUCGUUUGCAGAGGCCAGCCCUGCUAAGAGACUGGUGACGGACAGUAGUAGGAUGACUUUCUUUGGCACCAUAGAUACCCCCAGGCCGCUAGGGGGGAAGGGGCCAGUAGGUGGAGGUGUGGAGCCCCAGAGCAGGGACAAGGGUGUCGGGGGGCAGCUGGCUAGCUUUGGGGAGGCCAACGUCCUGGCGUCCCGGGUCACCUGGAUGGCGUUGUUCGGGGCAGCGGUGGCUCACGGCUGCGUGGCUCUGAUCACACGGCUGGCGGCGGACCGCUCCAACGUGCCGUCCCUGGAGCUGAUUUUCAUCCGGUCUGUGAUCCAGGUCCUGUCCAUCACAGUGGUGUUUUAUAACCAGGAGGAACCCUUCGGACCCAAGGGGUACCGCCUCCGGCUCUUCUUCUAUGGUGUCUGCAACGUCAUCUCCAUCACCUGCGCCUACACCGCCUUCGCMAUCGUGCCGCCYAGCAACGGCACCAUCAUGUGGCGCGCAACCACCACGGUGUUCAGCGGCGUGAUGGCCUUCCUGUUGUUAGAUGAGAGGCUGGGCUACACGGACGUAGUGACGGUGGUGGGCAGCGUGUUCGGCCUGUGUCUCGUCAUGAUCCCCAACGUGGCCGACGAGGACAAGUCCCGCCUCACCUUCUGGAAGGAGGCGUUCGGCUACACCAUGACGGUGAUGGCCGGCCUCACCGGAGCCCUGUCCAUGAUCGUCUACCGGGCCAUCAAGGAGCGCGUCAGCAUKUGGACGGCCCUGUUCACGUUCGGCUGGACGGGCAYGGUGUGGGGCGCCUCCACCAUGUUCGUUAUGCAGGAGCCGAUCAUCCCCCUGGAUGGGGAGACGUGGGGCUACCUCACGGGGAUCUGUAUCUGUUCCACCGUGGCGUUCCUGGGGGUCUACUACGCCCUYAACAAGUUCCACGCCGCCCUGGUGAGCACGGUGCAGCACCUGGAGAUAGUGGUGGCCAUGCUGCUUCAGCUCAUGGUGCUGCGCAUGGUCCCCUCCGUCUACGACGUCAUCGGGGGGCUGGUCAUCAUGGCCAGUGUGUUUACUCUAACGGGAGUGAAGCUGUACAGGGUCAGYCGGGCUGUACGGCAGGACUACCAGGAGAUACUGAACUCACCCAUCAAAUAGAGCCUGGAGUUCUGAUUCAGGAUCAGUUUGACCCUAUAGACCUUAAUGCAUAAGAUUACAUGGACAGGGGUGAAACAGAUUCUAGACCAGCACUUCUCUCUAUAUAUUUAGACUUGUGGUCGUCAUUGACUUGGCGGAGUGUCAACUUGUGUGCAAUGUCUCUGCUAAAGUUAUAUUUGUCUGUGAAAAAACAAAAAGAUAUUCCACGAUGAAACGGUUUAUUCUGAUAGCUUUGAUUUCAUGUCAACUGUGAUGAAGAAGAGGGUCAAAGUAACACAUGUCAACUGCGAUGAAGAAGACUGUCAAAGUAACCCGUGUUGUUUAGAUUGUAUGAUACGUUCAUACAAUGAUCUCAUUUGCCAACUUUACAGCUAUGGCGUAAAUACGUGUCAGAGAUAUUCAGGGACACGCCGUGUCUGUCUCUGCUAGAUGACGUGCAUCUAAAUAAGAAGCUGUAUUCUAGAUACUACUGCUGUUGACAGUGUGUUAUCAGGGCCGUGUUGACAAGGUGAUAAAUGAUCUUCCUUUGUUUCCUGCAUAAGGGUGUAUAUUUUAUCUCACACUAUCACAGUGUCUGCUACGCAGAACGCACUGGUUAAAAUACACUCAUGUAUAUUUAUUAAGAGUGGAGAAAAAAAAAACACUGGCUGCAUUUCAGAAUGUCAUAAAUUAACUUCUGUUGAUCUCUGGAGAAAAUGAAAAGAGUAGUCUAAAUCAUAUACUACAGAAGGUAUAUCUAAACUGAACAAAAAGAGAAACGCAACAUUCAACAACUUCAAAGAUUUUAUUGAGUUACAGUUCA